GUUUCAUGUUGUCUCUUAAAAAAAAAGUAUAUAUGUAAAAAAAAACUAUGAGUUGUUAAGUUAUAUAUAUUAAAAUGAUAAAUAAAUUAUAAAUUUUGUUAAUAAACUGUAUUAUUAUUUAUUAAUAAGUAUUAAAUAUCAUAAAUAAUAUAAAUAAGUUAAUUAAAAAGGUUCAAAUAUGUCAGAAUUACGUGAUUGCAGUCAAGAUGGCGAUUACAAUAAAAAUAAUAAUAUUUAUAGUGAUUUAAUAAAUGUAGAUAACAUGAAUUUUGAUUGUUGUGAAACUUGUUUCCUCGACAUAUCGGAUCCCAAAGGCCUAGCAAAUUUGAAAUUAUGGUUACGAGAUUCUCCAAGUUUAGAUGAUCAGCAGUCAACUGAAAGCAAGAAAUUAAUCGAUACCCGGACAUGGACUCGUCCAAAGAAACGUUUUUCCCGCCUGAGUAUCGAUGCAAUACCAGAAGUUGCAGCGUCUCUAGAGAACAGUCCAAUGAAACCUGCAGCUGGUCACCUAAUGACGUCGACACCCCACGUGGCUCAAUUAGCACAAUCACGUUUGAAUUUCGAUUUAAACGAACGCAUAAAUGUGAUACCGUCGGUUUUAAGAUCAUCAUCAUCAUCAUCAUCACCAUCAGCGCCCCCAUACUGCGGUCCCAAUUUCGGACAAUCUUCUACAGGACAAAAAAGUCUCGAGGCCUUCUUAGAUAUUUCACAACAAAAUGGCGUCGACCCGUUUCUCAACAUGGAGACGCCGGAAUUUAAUGAGUCGUUACUGAUGAAUAACAAGCAGCCUCCAAGUCUUACAGAUUCCUUGCUGAUGAUCGAAGAUUCUGAUCAAUUAAUUUCCUCUACUCAAUCAUUGGGUCCAGGAAUUGGGGCUGGUGACGCAGGAACUGGAACUCAAAUGGAUGACUCCCAAAUACUAACGACAUCUAUGAUGCAAACGAGUUUGUUCGGAGAUAUAACAGAUCCCAACAAUCCGUUCGCCAAAGAUCUGUCUGACGGAUCUUGUAUUGAAAACCCGAAUUUCAACGGGUCGUUAAAUAAAACGGUAACGAUAAAUCAGUCGCUGUCACCAUUAAGAUCGGGUGGGAAAAGAAUAGACGCGACAUUUAAUGCUGAUGAAUUGUAUGCGGCAUUGAAUAGCGAAUCGUUUGUGAUAAAUCGUACGUUUGAUAAAAAUGAAUUGAAUCAUCUGAGUUACGUCAUCUGCGCGGACAAUGACGGAGUUGGACAAGAUCUUGAUCUGGGUGACAAAAGAUCGGAAUUUAAUUCUGAUGGGGAUAUGAAAAAUGAUUUUGGUGAAGGUAAAAUCAGAUCGGAAAAUUCAGAUCUAGGACUUAGUAGAGACUCAGCUCAAAAUCAUAAGUUUGAAAAUUCAGAUCAAGAUUUUCAGGGAAAUUCAGAUCAAAAUUUAACAUAUGGAAAUUCAGCUCAAGAUCUUAAAUACAAAAAUUCAGAUCAAGAUCUUAAGUAUGGAACAUUAGAUCAAGAUCUUAAUUAUAGAAAUUCAGAUCAAGAUCUUGAACAUGAAAAUCCAGAUCAAAAUCUCAGGUGUAAAAACUCAGAUCAAUAUCUUGAACACGAAAAUUCAGAUCAAGAUCUUAAAUACAGAAAAUCAAAUCAAGAUCUUAAAUACAGAAGAUUUGAUAAAGAUCUUACAUCCGUUAAUUCAGAUCGUGAUCUUAAGAAUCUCAGAUACAGGAAUCCAGAUCAAAAUCUCAAAUAUAAAAGCUCAGAUCAAGGUCUCAGGUAUAAAAACACAGAUAAAGAUCUUGAACAUGAAAAUUCAGAUCAAGAUCUCAAAUACAGAAAAUUAGAGCAAGAUCUUACAUACGUUAAUUCAGAUCGCGAUCUUAAGAAUCUCAGAUACAGGAAUCCAGAUCAAGAUCUCAAAUAUAAAAGUUCAAAUCAAGGUCUCAGGUAUAAAAACUCAGAUAAAGAUCUUGAACAUGAAAAUUCAGAUCAAGAUCUCAAAUACAGAAAAUUAGAGCAAGAUCUUACAUACGUUAAUUCAGAUCGCGAUCUCGAUGAUCUUAAGUACGAAAAUUCUGAAUCAGAUCUCCACUCAGAUCUUAGUGAUAAAAACAACAUAAAUUCCAACAACGAAGAUUUACUCAACACAACGAUAACUAAAAUGAACACAACAAUAAAUUUGAAUUCCCCAUUUUCCGAUCACGAGCAAUUGCAGUUACCGGGUUCGCUAAGUGAAUUCAAAGAGCCAUUGAAUAUCGACAAUAAAAAUAAGUGCCUUAACUCAACAUUUCUCUCUGAUAGCAACAAAAUAUUAAACGAAACUUACGAUCACUCGAGCGAUCUGAAUUACGCCAACGAUCACGUGAUAAAAAAUCGUUACCAAACAUAUCGCAAAACAAUUCCCAGUAAAUUAUUGCAGAGAAAAACUUACGGGUUCAAUAAUCAGGACACGAGAUCCCUGGAAAAUUUAUCCGAUAAAUUGAUCAAUAAGAAGUCUAGUGGAAUCGGAAGUGGAGGCGUAGGCGCCAGCAGAAUUGGACUCGGAGCCAGAAGUGGAAUCGGCAGCGGUAAAAAUUUAUCCCGUCUCCCGCAAAGUCUUCAAAAGUCGAAUCCAAAUUUAAAUACCGGAACAUUCAAACUACCAGGAGAUAAAAAUAAAAUGAGAUCUGGUUUGUAUUCGCUGCGCAAACCCGGAAGUUCAGAAAGCGCCAGUGGAGAUGACGAAGGAUUUGGCAGUAAAAAAUAUUGUAAAUUAAAAUACGCGGCCCAAGGAUCUACGGAGAGUAUUGAAAGUACUCAGAGUAUCGCAUCCGCUCCGGAUCUUGAUGAUUGUCUGUCUGUUGACUCAGAUGAUAAAGAUUUUAAGGAGCGGAAAAUAAUGGAAAAUACUUGGAUAGCUGACCCAUCGGAGUUACCAUCGCCAAUUUUAAAAGAAGGAGAUACUCCGCUUAGUCGAGCAAAUUCUUGUGAAGGUAACGAUGAUUCAAGUAUUAAAACAUCGUCACCCAUAAUCAGCCCUUCGUCAUUACGAACCGUUAAUUAUUCGUCGGCUAACAAUGACAAACCUAUGAAAUCCAGUCUUCCGCAGAAACAGACGAUUGUCGAUAGAGCGACAAAAAAUCCCGAGAAACAAGAAAUAAGAUCCGGAAUCCGGCCGCCAACCAACAGAUCGAGUGGAAUUCCACGUCCAGCAUCUCGUAUUCCCGCUCCCGGUUUCGCACGUUCGAAUUUCAGUAAAAAAAAUAUCACAUGAUACAAUAAUAAUAAUAAUAACAACAACAAUUAUUAUUAUUAUUACUUCUACUUUUUUUUUAUAAAAAUAUUUAUUACCAGAGUUUAGAUAAUUAAUUAAUUAAUUAAUAACAAUCAUAAUAUUUAUAAUAUACUAAUUAACAAGUGACUAAUUAAUUAAUUGUUCAAUUAAUUGAGAAGUCCCUGUUUAUUUUAAAUCGACUGAUUAUUUAUCGGAACAAAAAAUUAGUUAAAAAAAAAAAAAAAAAAAAAACAGUAACUUUUUUUUAUUUAAUGAAAUCUAAAGUUUAAAACCAAAUUUAAAAACUGCCACAGGGAAUUUUAUUUAAAUAAAAUA